AUAAUCGCGGAGUGAUAUAUUUUUAUUUACGACAGGGAUGCGUCCCUAGUGUGUUGUCUUUCAAGCUAGAAAAUUUCACUGAUUACCGUUGGCUUUGGUUCGUGGCAACUGUCACAUGAGGAAAAUGGCAUAAUGGAUGGAGAAAGGCAUCAGGAUUCGGCCAUAAAUCUUUCAAAUCCAACUAGUCUACGAGAAGGAAAGGAAGAGGCGAUGCUAAAUGGAGAGACCAAGUUAAACGGAGAAAGCAACUAUGAAACAGUCCAGGCACACUCACCCACAGCUCCAUCUCCAGUUAAAAAUUCAUCGGGGUUGGUGGGAGCAGCCAAACGCAAGAGUAAGUCUGUGUCAGACACAAGUACCAACCCCACACUGGCACAGCAACCAUUACUGAUGAUGGCAGCACAGCAUGGGUUGUUGCCGCAACAAUUACAACAAUUGCUACAGCAACAAGCUCCAGGUGCUGAUUUACAAUUAAUGAUGCAACAACAACAGUCGAUGAUGUUACAACAUCAGCAACAGCAGCAGAAGUUACAGGAAGGUUUAUUACAUCAACUAAAUGAACAACUGCAAUUAAACUUUAUACAAUUAUCACAGUUGGUACAGCAACAACAACAACAGAAUGAUAAAAAAGCCAGUAAACAAGUUCAACAACAGAUGCAACAACUAGGCAUACAACAACAACAAUUACUUCAACAAAUACAACAAAUACAACUUCAACAAAGACAGUAUUUAAUGGCGGCUUGUUUAGGUCCACAGUUAACAGGUUUACAUCAAGGUAUGAUGUCACCAGGAGAGAUCCAACAAUUGUGGAAAGAAGUGGCUGGACAAACAGGGCUUGAUGAAAAUAUAGUCAAGAACAAUUUAAAUGGGAUGUCUUUACCUACAUCUAUACCUAACUCUAUUCCUAGUGUACAUAAUCCUAAUUUUAUGACCAAUGGCUCAUUACCUGUUGAUGGCUUUUUACUACCAGGAGCAGGUUUAAUAGGUCAACCACCAAUCAGUAUAAAGCAUAAUGAAACUUCAAAAUCCUUGUCUACUACACUGUCGGAUAAUUCCAGUAAUUCCACGACUAACCCACCUGCCAAUAACCCACUAUGUCGACAUAAUUUCUGUAAAUGGCCAGGAUGUGAUACCCAUUGUGAAGAUUAUGCAGCAUUUAUAAAGCAUUUAAACUGUGAACAUGCAUUAGAUGAUCGAAGUACAGCUCAGGCUCGUGUUCAAUUACAAGUUGUCAAUCAACUAGAGAUGCAGUUAACGAGAGAAAAAGAUUUAUUACAAGGAAUGAUGGAACAUCUACAUAUGAAGCCUCCGCCACCAUCUUCAUCAUCACAGUUGUCUCCCCCUUGUCAUGGUUCAGCACCUCAUACGCCUCAUCAUAUAGCCGCUCCUACAGAACCUAAACAGAGACCAAUCAGCCCACUCAAUACUCCGAUGCUAUCAAAUCAUGUUGUGUCACUUCCGCAGUUGACGGCAGCUCUUCCUGUCUCAAUUCCAGCUCUCCCUCUCCCAUCUCCUACCAUGACCUUGACCUUACCAACAACCCCUACGUCGCAAAUCUCUUCUCAAUCCAUGUCGCAACCACAAACCCCAACAAGUGCGGGACCAAUCCGAAGAAGGGUAUCGGAUAAGUGCAAUCUGCCUAUUUCAGCAGGUAUUUCUAACGAAAUCCAAAGAAAUCGUGAUUUUUAUAAAAAUACAGAUGUACGACCGCCAUUCACUUACGCAUCAUUAAUCAGACAGUCUAUAAUCGAGUCCCCUCAUCGUCAGUUAACCUUAAAUGAAAUAUAUCAGUGGUUUCAGAAUACAUUUGCAUAUUUCCGACGUAACGAAGCCACAUGGAAGAAUGCUGUAAGGCACAACCUUAGUCUUCACAAAUGUUUUAUGCGAGUUGAGAACGUAAAAGGAGCCGUGUGGACGGUGGAUGAAAUUGAGUUUUACCGGAGGAGACCUCAAAAAAUGAGCGGAAACAUGAAGAGUCCAUCGUAUGCAGAAACAACCUCGUUUAAUGAAAGUUUGAAUGCAUCUCUCAGGGUACGUUAUCAUCAGCAUGAGUUGCAUGGUCCACUCGGGGAUAUAUCCAGAUUGAUGGAGGCUGCUCUAGGAGAGUCAAGUUUAGGUUUAAUGGGAUCCAAUAAUGUAGGCCAAGACAGUGCUGAAGAUUUAUCAAUGAAGAGUAACUCUAAUGGUGGACAUGAUGAACUUUACAGAGAAGAGGAACUCAUGAUGCGAGCAAUAAAACAAGAAACAGAGGAUGAUGAUUUAGACCAAUCAGACUACAUGGAAACUGAAGUUGAGAGAGAGAUUGAUCAAUCUCUAGAGCGAGACAGAACAUUUGAUCAUCCAGUGGAACGAGACGAAGAAUUAGAAGAUGGCGAGGAUGUUUUGUUCAAUAAACCUAAAACCACGACAAAUGGAGUAUUAGAUCUAGCAGUGGAUAGUAACACAUUAUCGAAAAAGGUCAAUCGAAGUGAAACUGUGUCUAAUGAAAGAGAAGAGGAUGAAACCGAUAACCCAGCGGACGAAAUGGUCGAAGAUAUGGGCUGUUUUUCCUUACCUCGUGUUUCUCAAGAGAUGCCAUUACCCGUGCCAUCGUCGGCAGUCGUGUAAAGUGAAAAAGAAUCUCAAAAUAAACAAUACGAACAAAAAAACAGAACAUGGUACAACAUUGUGAAUAGUAUUUUAGCGUUGAAGCAAAAUAUUUUUGUCCCCCAAAGAUACAGGGUUUGUUUUAUCAGGAACUCAGAGGUUAUGACAAAUUUAUAUUUUGUCAAUUUAUAGUGCUAAUUAUGGUAUUGUUGUUUUAACAUUUACAUAUAUAUUAUUGAUUGUCUUUAAAAAUGAUUUUUUGCUCGAAGUUUUGAAAUAUUUACACAAAAUGGAGUUUGUAUGAAGAGCGUAUAAUUAUUAGAUGGAUGAACUUUUGAACUUUAGAAUGUUUAUCGUUUAGAGAAUAUGAAAUGUUUAAUACACUUUUCAUAGUGUAUAGAUGGACAUGGUGAUUGGCACCUGUCACUUUAUAAAUAAAUACCGGUAGAUAAAUUUGAAACCAAAGUCGGCUCCGUUAUCGGGGCCAAAUAGUAUAAUGUUUAUUUUUAUGUCAUUUUUUAUUAGAAAUCAAAAGUUGUACAUAGUUUGAUGUUGUUCUGUGCUUUAGCAUAUUGUAAUAUUAUUUAUUGUAUAAUCGAUCAUAGAUUUAAGACCUUUUUUCAUUCAUUGUUCAAGGUGAAAUUCGUUAUUCUUCAGUUAGAUAUUAAUGACUGAUUAAGAGUUGGCAACAAUUCUUUAAGAAAUCAGUAAAUGUACGAAGGUCUAUAAAGAACCAUUGACAUAUUCAAAAGGUUCAGUAUUGAUAAUAUGAUGUGUUUUUCUCUAAUUCUUAUUCAUACAGCUGAUAUAUUAAUUGAAUUAAAUAUCCAUAGUUUUGAGCAAAUGAAGACAUGCAAAUUGAUUACUGUAUUCUUUGUAGACUAAGUAAAGUUUGGAAUAUCAAAGAUUAAAAAAACACCCCUUUUUAGUUAAAAUGACCUCCUCUAGAACUAUGCACUUGGUGUAUACAGUAAUGGCCUGCGAAGAUUCUAUUAUUUUUAGAGGGUGUUUUUUGGUUUGGUGCAACUUCUUGUUAAAGGUAAUUAGAAAUCAAUGCUUGUAUUUCAUUUUAAGAGGAAUUUUAACACUUUAGUAUUUUGCUCAGAGAUCUAUAUCACUUUGAUGUUGUAAGCAUUUUAAUGUUUCUUGGCACAAUGAAAAUAUUCUGCAAUGAUUAUGAUUAUACACUUUAUUACAUUAUCUUGUUUACAUUUAAGUCCAAAAGAACGGGGCCCAUGGCCAUACAUCUUUCUUUUUUUCUUAAUACGACAUAAGAAUGACAAGAAUUUGUUAUUCAACCUUAUGACUAAAUAAAAUAUCUUCAGUGUUAUAUAUUUGGAUUAUGUUUAUCUAAUCUGUAAAAUGUACAAUAUUGAUGCUAUUUGUAAUUGUUUUUUGCAUGUAUACAUUAUACAUUAGGCACACCCCUUCCAGAAAUCAAAAUAUAUGUUAAAAAGGUGAACCUAAUCCACUGACAAUAGGUAGUGCUAUUAAGAAGCAGAUUCAACUCAAGUACUCUCAAGUUGAGAAAAGAAAAUUUUUUAUGGUCCUGGGUCAAGCAUUACAAUUAUUUUUAUUUUCAAAUGAACAGAUUUUUCAUCUCAUAUUUUUAGUUUCAAACAAACAGAUAGAAUUAAUAUCACACAUUCUUAGUUUCAAACAAAUAUCUCAUAUUUUAUUUUCUCAUGAACAGAUAGAAUGAAUAUCUCAUAUUUUUAUUUUCACAUGAACAGAUAGAAUGGAUAUCUCAUAUUUUUAAUUUCAAAUGAACAGAUAGAAAAUACAUCAAAUAUUUGUAGUUUUAAGUGAUCAGAUAGAAUUAACAUCUCAUAUUUUUAGUCUUGCAUGAACAGAACAUUUUUUAAACUUGACUGUCAAAUGACCCGGUUACUCAUCUUAGCUAUAUUUUAUAAUGUUGUCCCAUGUCUGGUAUUACUGACAUCACUUUGUCUCAUAUUCAUUCGUUUUGUUUUUGUAUACAUAUUACUUUAAUCAAAAACUUUUUGUUAGAUUUGUUAUGGAGUUUAUUUUUCUGGCUGGUAGAUAAAUCUUUCACCUGUUUUUGUGUGUAUUCGAGGCCAACUUCACUUUAAACAAUUGAGGGCAUUCAGUCUCAGCAAAUUAGUAAAUACAACAGUUCAGAUUCACAUCAUUCAUAGGGGCUCGAGAUGAAGAUUACAUUUUAUUUCAUUAUAUAUAUAUAACCUGACUAAAUUUCUUUUUGGGGAAGGGGCUGUAAAAUCCUAACUAAAAAUGGUGAAAUUGAGAAAUUGAACAUUUUUUUUCCUAGUGAGUAGCAAGAAAACAAGCAUCAUGCAUUACAUAAUACACCAAUGACAUUUUAUUUUUCAAGGAAAUGCGCCAAAAAACCCAUUAUAUUUUGAGCUAUAAAUAGUAUAUCUUUGAUUUAUUAUUAUAAAUAAAGUUGUAUGGGUACUGUUGCUAUGUACCAGUUGAUGGAAUCUAGAAUUUUUAGGAAUAUUUCAAAAAAUUAUUUGGUAGAUUAUGUAUUUUAAUUUUGUCAUAUACUAUUUGUGCUUGGGUCUAAAACUUAGCUCAAUGAACUGUAACUAUAAAUUUUUACAUUGAUUUAUUAAUCACAUGUAUUUUUAUUGUUUUAUUUUAUAGAUACCUGACAAGGAGAAAAACAUUAUUAAAUAAUAAUCAUAAUAUACCACUAAUAUUAGAAAGGAUUGUAAUAACUGAUAUAAUUGUACAUUAGGUUGUGCUUUCAGAAUAUUUUUAAUAAUAUAUUCAUUUAUAGGUACACUUCAUUAAAGGUGUAUGCUGACUUCACACUCAACACAAUAAACUUAAGAUUUUUUAAAUGCAAAGUGUUCUUUGAAAAAAAAAUGAAUUUUUAAAAUAGAUUUAUAAAGAUAGUGCUCAUUGAAACAAUCCAGUUUUAUUAUAUAUAGUAAUAUCUUUAUAUAUAUAUAUUAUAUAUAUAUAUAUAGAUAGGUUGUACUUCAUGUUAUAUUUGUGUUGCCAAAAUCAGUUUUAAAAUUUUUAUUUUAUCUCACAAAGAUACAUCAUUCUCAUCAACAUGCAUUUAAAAUAAAACAUUUUUUAGCGUCAACCUACAUAUACUUGUUAGUAUAAUGGGUGUCCAUAAAAAAAACCCAGAUAUUGCCAAGAUGGCGAUAUUCACAUUUUGUGUUUUAGUCAUAUCAAAACAGACUAUAUAUUGAACAAUUUGGAUAAUAUCUCCCUUUAUUCUAUGCAGUCUAAUCACAAUAAAGUCUUUAUGUAUGUGUUGGUUUUUUCCUCCACAAUUCUUAUAGGAUCUUAAUCAUCAAGUUCUCCUUCAGGUAAACUAGGUAAUAAAUUAUACAUUAAUUCUAGCCAGUCUAUAAGUGUGUGAAUUUUCUAUACUUGUUGUGUUAGAUAUUGAAUAUAAUAUCAUGCUUGUGUGUGUUCACCAUGUAUUAUAACUUUUAAAUGUUAUUUUAGAAGUUUGUUUGUGAAAUAGCUACUAGUCAAAUGUCAAUUUGGCAUAGGAAAACCCCAGAGUAUAGGUACAUGCAGGUGUACCCACAUUUUGCAAUAAAAGAUAAUACAUAUAUACCUUGAUAAUGACAUGUGUCGAUCUGAUGAGCAUCUGUCGAUCUGAUGAACAUGGCAGUAGGAUGAAAACUGAAAUAUAUUUAGUUAAUUAAAGGACCUUAAUGUAGCUGUUCCAUAUAAUGUUUAGAAAUUUGAUCAUUUACUAGUAGCUAUGAUAUUAUACAUGUAAUUAAAUAUAGAAUCUGUCGGCUAAUUGUAGGCAGGUUAAGAGAUGUUGCCUGAAGUUACAGAGCUGUACACUGGUAUUUUCAUAUUAAGAAAAUCGUAUUGUACGCCAUAUGGGGGUAGAAGGAAUCUUGAAGUUUCUUUGUAUAGAAAAAAACACUCUCAGUAUUUUCCACUAAGAAUUUGUACAAAAGGAAAGUCAGUACAGAGGUCUUCAUGAGGGGAAACCCCCAAAUGUCUGCUGCGGCGUUCAGGAUGAUGUUUCUAAACCUGCCUAUAUUGGCUGUUUGUCCACUGUAUGUUCAUCAAUAAUAAUGUCUUCCUGAAUUUUAAUUAUACUAAUUGAUUGAUUAAUGAAACAAUAUUCAACGUGUUGUGGUGAUCUUAAAAUCAGGAAAACAACCCGAAGCAUAAUCUUAUUUUUUUCUUCUUUUAUUGUAAGUAAUUGUAGAUAUUUAAAAAUAAAACAAAUUUAAAGUCUAUUUUAGAGAAGAGGAUUUAUAAAUUUAAUCACAUGUAUGUGAAAGUGUUUGUUAGUGCUCAUUUGUUAAUGUUUUAUAAUUCAUUUUUGGUCUGCUUGUUUUUUUUUAUUCUAUGCUUUUUUCUUUCUAAUAAUGUGUCAUUUGUAAUUGGAAGUUUCUAGUUGAUUCAUGCAAUCCAUAAUACUUGUAUUACCUUUUCAUUAUUAAUUGACUGUAUUUUGGCUUUACUUGAUGGUCAGUUUUUGGCUAACACACAUUUGAAAGAGUCAAAUUAAAUCCAAUUUUCACUGAUCUAAAAAUCAAAGAUGUAAUAUUAACAUUUCAGAAUCCUACCCCAAUUUAGGUCAUAAUAAUACUCAAUAAAUUAUAGUCUAAUGAAGAUUGGUAUUGCACAUAAUCGUAAAAUUGUGCUUACUCAAUAGUUCAAUAUUAUUAGAUAUCUUGGAAAUUGAAUAAGAAAGGGGCAAAGAACAGAACAAUAUUUUAUUUUUUAUUUGCCAGGGGCAGCUGCUACUUUAAUAUUGGCACAGAAACAAAAUUUAUAUGCCCAUUGAAAUGUGUAUGUUUCAUUACCUGGCUAUCUAUCUUUGAAUUAAGGAGAUGUGUAGAUUUAAUCUAUUUAUUGUACAUUUGGUUUCCAAGAUAAACGAGAUGCUAUUUUCUUAAUGAUUAUACAUCAUCAGCCCUCGAAAUAGUGACAAACAACCCAGAAAAAGGGCAAAUAAUUGCCGGCCAGAAUGGUAGGCCCGACAAAGCUUGUCUGCAUUAUUUCCAGGCUUGAUUCAUGCAUUAUUUCCAGGCUUGGAAAGCUAUGAAGAUGGUGUAAAAUGCUGUCUAGAAUCUGGUUUUCUCUAGGAUUAUCAAGUCUUCUUUGACCAGGGCUUUAAAGGGCAUAUUACACCUUAGUAAAUUCUAACUCAUUUUUGUUCAGUUGUCUUAUUGUUAAGCCAUGUGCAAUGUACUCAGAAAAAAACUAUGAUAAUAGGUCUAAAGUUUAUUUUAGGCUCACUUCCAGGGCUCAGCUGAUAUUACAAUAUCUACUCAUAUGUCUGUUAGUAGGCCCUAUUUGUUCUAUUAAGGAUACAGUCAGAAAACCCAAUACCUAUAUAUUAAGGAAAUAUCCACAUUCUUAAGCUUUUUUAAAGAACAAUAAAUAAAUGCUGUCUUGAAAUUUGUUUUUCUUUCAGCAAUAGUAAGAUCUGAGAAUAGAAUUCUGUUGUUAUAAAAGCUUGUACAUUGCAUUAUGUGUAUUUUCGUCACCUUGUUUGUCUUCUAGUCGCAAUGGCACAUUACACUGGCCUUCUGUUGGCGAUAAGUUUUAUUUAUUUUUCACAAGCUAUAAGCAUAAUUCAUAAUAUGUAAUCUUAUAAAACUGUUGUGUAUGUUUAUUUUGUUUUAUGUUGACUGCAUGAAAAUCUGAUAUACAAUCAUUCAGUUCCAUUCAUAAUCACCAUGGUAAUUGUAAAUCUCUAGGGUAUGGACCAAUCACGUUGCACAGUGUGAUCAUAUGACAUCAUUCAACCAAUAUGUGUCAUUGAAUCACUGAAAUCAUUUACUUGUACCUCAGGUCUGGGCCCAGAAUAAACAAAAUAUGGGAUCAUAA